AACUUUCUUACAAAAGAAUAGUGAGAUGCCAGUGCCUAUAAAUCUGAAAUUAAGUUAAAUGAUUCUGUUAACUUUAACUUGAAACUUCGUGGUUCCAAAUUUGAACAUGAAGCCAAAACGUUGACACUUACAUUGAAAGGUCAAAAAAGCAAGUCUUUUUGAGGUUAACUUUACCAAUCAAAACAAGGGCCCUAUUUUUUAUCUUGUUCCCAUGGAAUCCAAGGCCUGAAAAUCACCAUCCACAAGAGGUACCCACCUUCAAGAGUGAUCCUAAUAGGCAAGCAUGGCAGAGAACAACAAGCCUGGGGAAAUUAAAGACUUUCAAAUCGUGACUGCGAACAAAGAUGAUAAUUCAAAGAAGCUAGCUCCAAAAAGAAGCUCUAACAAAGAUAGACACAAAAAAGUUGAUGGUAGAGGAAGAAGAAUCAGGAUGCCAGCCUUGUGUGCUGCCAGGAUUUUUCAAUUGACCAGAGAAUUGGGUCAUAAAUCUGAUGGAGAGACAAUUCAAUGGCUGUUACAACAAGCUGAACCAUCUAUUAUAGCUGCUACUGGUACUGGUACUAUUCCAGCGUCCAUGCUUGCAGCCGCUGAGGCCUCUGUUUCUCAACAAGGGACCUCUGUUUCAGCAGAUUUGCAUACAAAGAUAGAGGGCCUGGGGUCAGGUGUUGGGUCCAUGAAUAGGGCCAACUGGACAGCCAUGAGUGCAAAUUUGGGAAGGUCUCACUUAGGAAGUGGGGUAUGGUCAACUAUAAAUGGAAUUGGGUCAGGUUUUGUUCAAAAUUCUGUGCAGUUAGUAUCAAGUUUCGGAAACGAAAACUUGAAUAACAUGUCAAAGUUCGGGUUCCAUGGGAUUGAAUUUCCAAAUACGAAUAUGGGUUUAAUGAGUUUUUCCUCUAUGUUGAGUGGUGCUCACCAACAAGUUCCAGGCUUGGAGCUUGGUCUCUCGCAGGAUGGGCAUCUUGGGAUGUUGAAUUCUCAAGCUUUUAGCCAGUUUUAUCAACAUAUGGGGCACCAGAGAAGCGGUUCAGCAUCUAUGAAUCAGCAGCAACAUCCUGACAAAGAUGACUCUCAAGGAUCAAGAGAGUAGAUUGAUUAAGAUAGAAGAUUUGUGAAACAAAAUUUUGGUCAGAAAUGAGUAGUAUAGUUCAGAAGCUUGUAGUUUCUCAUACUUCUCGUUGCAGACAUGAAAUUGAAAUCAAGACUUCAAAGAAAGUAGGCUACUUUAGCCCUUAUGAACUGAGUUACUAAGAUUAAAACUUACUCUAGUUCCUCAAGAGCAAGUUUGUCAUAUGAACAGUGGCGUAGAGGUUUGAUUUAAGUUUGUUAGGCACAAAAUCUUGAGAUGUGUAAUUGUGUUAUACAUAGCAAUAUGAAUAUUUGAAUGGAGUGUUUAUUUGUUUCUGAAAAUAAACUUGGGGGUUUUAUAUCGA